AAUCCGAAUUACCAGGUUAAAGUGAUUUGUGUCAUUGCACAUUGGCAGAUUAUUUCACAGCGCAGCUGGGACGUCAUACGGGCGGAGUGGAAAGAAGAAGCGAGUAGGAGAACGACCUCCAUUUUAUUACGCCUGAGACUUAAGUUUAGCGUGAGUUACGGGAAAUUCUUUCAAGCUAUUCCUAGAAGAUGGGGAAUAGGGUCACCCGCGAGGAUUAUGAAUGGGUUUAUACUGACCAACCACAUGCUAACAGGAGGAAAGAGAUCCUUGUGAAAUAUCCCCAAAUCAAGUCUCUGAUGGGUCCCGACCUCAGGCUGAAAUGGAUUGUGUGCAUCAUGGUGGUGAUACAAUUUUUAGCUUUUUAUUUAAUCAAAGAUAUGGACUGGAAAUGGGUUUUGUUUUGGACUUAUGCCUUUGGGAGCUGUAUCAACCAUUCAAUGACUCUUGCUAUCCAUGAGAUCUCCCACAAUACCGCUUUUGGAAACAACAAAGCUAUGUGGAACCGAUACUUUGGCAUGUUUGCCAACCUCCCAAUUGGCUUACCUUAUUCUGCCUCAUUCAAACGCUAUCACUUAGACCAUCACCGCUACCUUGGAGGAGAUGGUGUAGAUGUCGAUAUCCCAACUGAUUUUGAAGGCUGGUUCUUCUGUACACGUUUCCGCAAGUUCAUCUGGAUUAUUCUGCAGCCUCUUUUCUACACCAUACGACCUCUGUGUAUCAACCCUAAACCCGUAACUAAUUUGGAGCUGACCAAUGUUUUUGUCCAAUUCGUGUUUAACAUUCUGCUCUUUUGGGUGGGGGGAGUUAAACCUGUGGUAUACAUGCUGGCUGGCUCCAUGCUGGGUAUGGGUUUACACCCCAUCUCUGGUCACUUUAUAGCUGAACACUACAUGUUCCUCAAGGGUCAUGAAACCUACUCCUACUAUGGCUCCCUCAAUCUGCUCACCUUCAAUGUAGGGUAUCACAAUGAGCACCAUGACUUCCCCAGCAUUCCGGGACGUAGGCUACCUAUGAUGUCGCAGGAAGCAUCUUCUGCACAAGAGGUUGACAUCAAACCCGCAGAUGCUGAAUCUCCAUCUUUGGUCCAUUCCAAAAGUUGCCAGACUGAAGUGGCUAUUCAUGAUGAAACAGAUCUCUCCUACAGCAGAGAGAAUACUGCAACAUGUAUUUUAAGGUGUUCUCAAAGUACUCUUAUUGAAAGACCAAAUAAUAAUUCUGUGCUGUUAUAUAACAUAUUUAUACAAAAUAUAAGCAUACAUUUCAAUAAAAAUGCUAUGAUUCUACUUCUGUGGUGUGUUUACUUCAUAUACAAACAAAUACAUCAACAUUUAAACAAAGGGGAAUAAAUCAGGAUGUAGAACAAUUAAAUCCUGUGUACUCUUGGCCCUCUGGACAAAGGAUAGAAGUGACACGCGGUUAUUUCUGCCAAAAAUUUCCCAACACCAUCUCACAAGCUGUCUAUAAGCAGUAUGGUCGCAUUAACCUGAAAAUAUGACAAUUUUCCAGAAUGGGAACAAGCAUUGAUUGGACAAAUGCUGCUUUUUGUAGGGUGACAUGGAGGAGCAGCUGUCAAUCAAAAUCAAUCAAUCAAAAGCCUUUGUCAUUAUAUGCGGUGCAUACAACGAAAUGAGUGCUUCUCUACAAGGUGCAAAGUGAUAUAAAAUUGAAAAACAUCUGUGGUAAAAAUGACAGAUAAAACAUCAAGGCACAGUUAUUGCUAAGAUAAAUAAGUGCACAAAAGUGCCGUUGCAUAAUAUUCCAUUACUGUACUAUUAUGUUCACUGGUUUUGAAUUCAAGGAUUUGAUGGCUCUGGGGAAAAAGCUGUCCUUGAAUCUGGUUGUCCCAGUUUUGUGGGACCUGUACCGUGUGCCAGAGGGCAGCAGGUUAAACAGGUGAUGACCAGGAUGUGAAGAGUCCUUUACAAUAUUAGUGGCUCUGCUGUGAUAGCGGGAGUUGCCUAUGUCUUCUAUGGAGGGCAGAGAGCAGCCAGUGAUCUUCUGGGGACUGUUGACCAAUCUUUGCAGAACUUUCCUGUUCGGUGCUGUGCACACUGACACUGACACACUGUGAUGCAUUAUGUGAGGAUGCUCUCCACGGUGGUUUUGUAGAAGGCCUAUACCAGCUUAGCUUCCAAGUUGUUCUUCCUGAGCACUCUCUGGAAGUGGAGUCGCUGCUGGGCCUUUUUCACCACCGCAGUGGUAUUUACAGUCCAAGGGAGUUUGGCCGUGAUUUAGACUCCCAGAAAUUUAAAAGAGUGGACCCUAUCCACACACUUCCCAUUGAUGAACAGUGGGACUGGGUCGACAUCGGACCUCCGGUAGUCCAGGGUGAUUUCUGUCAUUUUUGUGGUGUUCAGUGUAAGGUUGCUUACAGAACACCACUUUGACCAUUUACCAAUCUUGUCUCUGUAGGCAGACUCAUCUUCUUCUGAGAUGAGCCCGAACAUGUCAUCAGCAAACUUGAUGGGGAGUUGCUGGGACGAGCUGGUAUGAAGUCUCAUGUGUACAGAGAGUAUAGCAGAGGACUCAGUACACAGUAUUUGGGGGACCCGGUACAGAGGGUGAUUGAGGGAGAGAGGUGUGUUUGUAAGUAUAUUUGACAGACUGUGGACGGUUUGUGACGAAGUCUUUAAUCCAGCAGCAGAUGGAAAGAGAUAGUCCAAGGAGGGAGGGUUUGUCAACCAAAAUACCUGGGAUGAUGGUAUUAAAGGCUGAACUCAAGUAUAUGAAAAGCUUCCUGAUGUAGUUCCCUUGGGGUUCCAGGUGGCUGAGUGCAGUGUGGAGAGCUAUUGUGAUGGCAUCCUCGGUGGGCCGGUGUUCUCUGUAGGCAAACUGGUAUGGGUCGAGUGAGGGGAAAAAGUGAGCCCCUUUAUGUGGCGUGCAACCAGCCUCUCAAAAGCACUUCAUGAUCACAGGUGUGAGUGCAACAGGCCUGUAAUCAUUUAGACUGGCAAUGGCUGCUUUCUUUGGGAUGGGGAUGUUAUUGCAGAUUUCAGUCAGGAGGGAAUGGUUGAUUGUUGCAGGGAUCUGUUGAAGAUUUUUGAGAAAACACUCGUCAGCUGAUAAGUACAGACCUCAGUACCUUUCCCGGCACUCCGUCUGAGUCAGCAGCCUUCCUGGUAUUUAAAGUCCUGAGCACACCUCUCACUUCAUGUUCUUGAAGCGUCGGUGUGCUGGUAAUGGAUGGGAGGUGAAUAUGAUGAGCCUGGGUUUCAUCUGUCCAUCUCAAAACGGGCAAAGAAAUGGUUUAGUUCCUCUGCCAGCGAGGCGUCUGUGUUUCCGGCACAAAUUUUGUUCUUACCGUUGUAGUUUGUGAUGUGUUGUAAUCGUUACAAUCCCUCCCACAUUUUUUACUUGUUUUCUGUGAAGCAUUCCUCAAUAUUUCUUUUGUAGGCCACUUUGGCCACUCUGAUGCCCCUCAUUAAGUCGGCUCUUGUGGCACUGUACUGUGCUUUGUCCCCUGACCUGAAGGCGGCGUUGCAAUGACUCGGGAGUGCUUUAGUCUCUCGGGUCAUCCAGGGUUUUUGAUUGGGGAAAACCAGGAUCCAUCUAUUUACAGUCACAGUGUCUACAGUUUUUGAUGUAAUGCAGAACAGUAUCUAUAUGUUCCUGGAGGUUCUGGUGCUAGGGCAGGGGUGGCCAACUAGUAAGAGACUAAGAGCCACUUUUUUUUCUGUUACUGCAAAGAGCCACAUCAUAUACAUGGGUACACGCUCCAUCCGUGGCUAUUGCAGUUAGUUUCAGUAUGGGCAGAUUUGCUUUUGCAAACGCAGCCAUCAUUGCUUCUUUCACAUCUUUGCCACGGGUUCUGUCUUUUAAUGGCACAAUAUCAAGGAGUUCUUCUUUGAUCAUACAUUCAUUUGACACAGACUGUGCAAAUAUUGCCAACUGAGGCUUGUCUUGUAUGUCACAACUCUCAUCCAAUGCCACACUAAAAUACUCACGUUUGAAGGUCAGAGUGCAACUGUGAUUCAACACCUGUAUUAAUAUCCGAUAUUCUGCAUUCAACGCUGUGGCAGGACAGUUGAAUGUCUGAUAUGCUUGUCGUCUCCAGGAGCCAAGAUUUCGAAGGCGUCAAUGAGGCAUUUUUUAAAUGAAGUGCCCUUCCGUGUCUGGCUUUGUUCCAAGCCAGCUGAUCUGAUGCAAGAGUUACGGUCUCCAAGUGUUUAGUAAAUUUUUGGAAAAACUGCACCUGCUUUUUCUGCCUCGCUUUUCAAAGUGACCGACUUGUUCUUGCGAAGUUCAGUCCCUUUUGGAAAUUGCUGUUCGAUGUUAGGGUGGAGUGAGCUGAAGUAACACUGACGAUUUGAAGCUUUGAAAUGCGCUAAUGCUGCGUGAUAUAAGGCAGAUCGGCUUGCCAUUACGUUUAACAAAAAAAAAAAAAACCUCUCCCACUCUGGCAAAAACAUCCUGUGUUCUUCUUCAUAUUUUUGUUUGGCUGUGCUUUUUUUCCCUGCCAUUUCAAGAGGUAACUUGACGGAAAUUGGCCACAACACAAAUGUCACACCAAUGAUUCUCUCGUCGCUCAUUUGACGUCACUCAAACAGGUUUACAAUGUCAGUGUGCCAUCUCGCUGUAGGGGGAGUGAAUGACAGCGCCAGCCAUGCAUUUUUGACGCAUGUCAUGUGAAAGCUCCUGAAAAGCUGCAUGAAGCUAAAGAGUCGCAUGAGGCUCGCGAGCCGCGGAUUGGCCAGGCCAGACCUUGGGGCAUAGACCUAUGUGGGCGUAAGGGUGACGCAGACAUGGUCGGACCCAGCAAGAUGGGGAAGUAAACAUAGUCCAGGGUUUUGUCUCCUCUGGUGGGACACGUCACAUACUGGAUGAAUUUGGGUAAGGCCGUCUUUAAACACGCUUCGUUGAAGUCACCAGCAACGAUCAAUACUCCGUCAGGGUGGGCAAGUUGCUGUUUGUUAACAGUCACGAGUAGACUGCCAAGUGCUGCGCUUAACGCUAGCGUCUGGCGGGAUAUUGACAAUUACUACAAUGACUCAUGUUGGCUCCCUUGGAAGACAAAAGAGUCAGCACGAGACUGCGAGGACCUUUAAAUCAGGAGAACAGUGGGUGUCGAUGAUUCUGCUGUUAGAACACCAUUUGUUGUGUGCAUAGCCCCCACUUCUUACCAGAGUCUUUCGUUCUGUCAUGUCGAUGUAGGUUGCAGCCUGCUAGCAAAACUGCAGCAUUGGGGAUUCAUGGGUCUAGCCACGUCUUCUUCUUUUCCUUUCGGCUUGUCCCGUUAGGGGUCGCCACAGCGUGUCAUCUUUUGCCAUCUUAGCCUAUCUCCUGCAUCUUCCU